AAGACAAGUGACAUAGCAAACAAUAACAUUUUAAAAACAUUUGUGAAAAACAAUAAAUUUUGUUUAAAUUAUCUAUUUUUGAAGAAUAAAACUAUGGUGAAUUUACAGAGCGAAGAAUCAUCAAAGGAAGAAGAGCCUUUUGGAUUAGCUUGCGCUUUAGAUUAUUUUUCAGAAUAUGAAGAGGUUUUACAAAUGAUUGAUAACCUAAAGAAUAUAAUAGUAUCUGAAAGGUCGAUUCAAGAAAAAGCAUAUGAAAAGUAUUCGUUUAUUCUCAGCCAAUAUAUAGAGCAGCCACAUUUGCUAGAUACACAUAUUAAUAGUAUACUUCAAAAACUUAUCGAUAUAGUCAGAAAUACUUUGAAUCCUGUUGAAUUAAAACAUAUUGCAUUUAGUUAUAUGUUUGUAGUUGUUAAUGUAAGGGGCUAUAAAGAUAUUGUUCGGCAUUUACCACACGAAGUUGCCGAUUUUGAACCGGUUUUACAGUUACUCGAAGCUCAAGAUCCUAAUGAUUCAGAUACUUGGACUACAAGAUAUAUCUUAUUAUUAUGGUUAUCGAUAAUUAUCAUGAUACCUUUUCAUCUCUCUCGCUUUGACGGAUUUAAUGAAAAUACAAGCGAUCAGAAAACAGUAAUGACCAGAGUUUUAGAAGUGAUUAAAAUUUAUGCUGUUGUUCCUGAUAAAUGUAGGGACGCAGCUGCUUUUUUGUCUUAUAAAUUUAUCACUAGGAAUGAUGUGAAAGAGGUACAUUUAAAACCUUUUAUUGAUUGGGUAAUGGUGCAGAGUUUAGCCAGUAACAGUAAUGUUUUUGUGAAGUAUGGAACUUUAAGUUGUAUCGCAACUAUCAUUAAACACGGGAAAAGGGAAGACGUAUUGCCUCAUGCACGUGUUUUGUUAGAAUGGAUUAUUAAUUCAGAGUUUAAAGAAAAUUCUGGCUCUAAUGUGCAAAAAUUGGUUUAUAAAAUUAUUCAAAGAAUAGGUUUAACAUUUUUACCUCCUCUUAUUGCAUCAUGGCGCUAUCAAAGAGGAAAUCGCUCUUUGGCAGCAAAUUUAAGUGCGGGAGGUGAUUUGAGAACUAGCACAUCAAAUGAAAUUCCAGACCUUAAUGUUAAUAUUAACAUACCAGAUGAAGUGGAAGAAGUUAUUGACCAACUAAUUCAAGGAUUAAGAUGCCCAGACAGUGUAGUUAGAUGGUCAGCAGCAAAGGGAGUUGGUAGAGUGACAGCUAGACUACCUAAAGAUCUUGCAGAUGAAGUUGUAGGUUCUGUGUUAGAACUUUUAGGGCCUAGAGAGAAUGAUGCAGCUUGGCAUGGUGGUUGCCUUGCAUUAGCUGAAUUGGGUAGGAGAGGAUUUUUAUUACCAGAAAGACUUCCACAGGUUGUUCCUCUCAUUUUAAAAGCUCUUGUAUAUGACGAACCACGUGGCUAUUCCUCAGUUGGUUCGCAUAUAAGGGACGCGGCUUGCUAUGUUUGCUGGUCAUUUGCUAGAGCAUACGAACCAAAAGAUUUAGCUCCAUUCGUUCAAGAUAUUGCCAGUACGCUAUUGGUUGUCACGUGCUUUGAUAAAGAGAUUAAUUGUCGCAGAGCGGCAUCGGCAGCGUUUCAAGAAAAUGUCGGUAGACAAGGUACGUUUCCCCAUGGAAUUGACAUACUAACAACGGCUGAUUUUUAUGCUGUUAGUGUUAGGAAUAAUGCGUACUUAAACAUUAGUGUUUAUAUUGCGCAGUUCGAAGAAUAUACAAUACCACUUAUCGAGCAUCUAGUUGCUAGAAAAGUGGAUCAUUGGGAUUGUUCAAUAAGAGAACUGACAGCCAAGUCAUUAUACAACCUUACUUCAUUGGCUCCAGAAUACAUGGUAGCUAAGGUCCUGCCUAUUUUAUUUAGAAAAACCGAAACUAUCGAUUUAAACUGUCGUCACGGUGCUGUACUAGCCAUUGGAGAGAUCAUUCAUGCUUUAUCCAAGAUUUCCCCGUUAUCAGACAACCACCUACAAAGCGUUAAAAAUCUUAUACCCCAAUUUCAAGAGAAGUUAUACUUUAGAGGCCUUGGAGGUGAACUAAUGAAACAAGCCUGUUCUGAUUUCAUUGGAAAAUGUUGUCUCGCUAAGUUACCUUUGCAUACAGAUCCAGUAUUAGAUGAUUGGUUAGCACUUCUCAAUGACUGUCUAUCAUAUGAAGUAUCAAAUGUGCGCCUUGCUGCAAUUUCAGCAUUGCCUGUAUUAUUGGACGAAUAUUUUUCGACAGAGGCAAAGUCGGAAAUUAAUAAAAUUAUUGUUAAGGGUUAUAUUUCUGAAAUUAGGUCUGAAACAAAACAGUCAACUAGAAUGGGGCAUGCGUUAGCAUUAGGUUCACUACCAAAAUAUAUUUUGCAACCAUAUUUUGAAGAUAUUUUUAGUUCUUUGAUCAAUGCCAGUAAAAUAACUCCAAAUACAUUAAAAUGGGCUGAGGGUAGGAGAGAUAGCAUUAAAGCUUUAACUUCAAUUAUUUCUACAAUUCUUUCUUGUAACGGGAAAGAUUUGCAGGAAAGUCAUAUUAGUAAAUUUUAUGACAUUUUAUUUGAGGGAUUGGAAGACUAUACUCAAGAUAAAAGAGGUGAUAUUGGGGCAUGGGUUAGAGAAGUCUCAGUUAAUGGUUUACAGGUUUUAACAUUACAUAUAAGUGAAUACUGUUCCAAUUUUAUAACGUCUGACCUUAUGAACAGGAUACUGUCAAAUAUUGCACAACAAGCAGUGGAAAAAAUUGACAGGACUAGAGCUUUGGCUGGAAAAGUAUUUUAUAGUUUCAUUUAUAAUAAUAAUAGAGUACCAAAUAUUUUACAUCAUGAUGAGCUAUGUGUAAUUUUUUCCCAAGAGGAAUGUGAUAAUUUGAACUGGAACUCUGCGAGCUCAACUUUUCCUAAGUUUGUUCAGCUUUUACAGUUUCAACCAUAUACAUACAAUGUUCUACUUGGAUUGAUAUGUAGCAUUGGUGGUUUAACUGAGUCGCUUGUGAAAAGCUCAAGUUUGUCGUUCUUUACGUAUCUUAAACAAGAAAUAAAAGACAAAGGUGUUGAAGAGAUAAUUCGGAUUUGCGAAAUUGUUUAUAAGAUUUUUGGUGAUCAUCAGAAAGAAGAUAGAAUUACUGUAUCAUUAUUAAGAUUUUUAGAUAAACUCUUUGAUUCUGGCUGUAUCAAAUUGAUUUUGGAUGACCCUAACUCUGAUUUUGCUAAACGACUUUUAAAAAUGGUCCAAAUUGAAAUAGCCGGCUGUAAAGAUAUAUACAAACUAAUUGAUGGUAUCAGUGUUUUGUGUCAGUUUAUUCAGGUUCCAGGAGAUGUCUGUCAAACAGCCCUUGUGCAACUUAGCAUUCUUUUAUGUCAUAGACAACCGUAUGUUCGGCGAUCGACGUCCACAAAACUUUAUGAAUCUCUCUUGGUUAGUGGUGAUAGUAGCUGUAUACCACCUGAAAACAUAGACGAAGUUAUGCAAACACUCAGUGACACAAACUGGGAAGUUUCAAUUGAGGAAAUUAGACCCAAAAGAAAUGGUCUGUGCAAUUUGAUGGGGGUUCGGGUACCAACAGCUGCUAAAAAGAAAGUUUAAUCGAGAAUUAAUGAUAUAUGUAAUCGUGUAUUAAUCACUGACAUGAUAUUUAUUGUGAUAACUUAUGCUUAUUAAAAUGCUUUUUAUAGCCUUUAUUAAUAUACAGUAUCUAAUUUUUUAA